AUGGCAGAGCACCAGCGAAGCGGACGACCUUAUCCUUAUCCUAUGAACAAGCGUGCGAGACAAGCUUGCGAGAAUUGUCGUCGCAAGAAAUCGAAAUGCACGGGAGAGAGACCUAAUUGUUCUUGCUGUGCGCGACUACAACAACAAUGUGUAUAUGCCCCUGACUUUCGAACCCGCGAAAGGUCCCGAGGACCUCGAGACGACACUGGCGAUUCUGAGCGUCUCAACGCGAUCGAAGAUAUGGUGAAAAAGCUCGCUGCUGUAAUUCACGUGCAAGAUGCGCAACUACCCGACGCAGUCAUAGCAGAGGGUAUUGCGCUCUAUUUUUCAAACUUCUGCAAUCAACCGUGUCCCAUCUUGGCCCAUUCUCAACCUUUUGAAUGCAGCGAGGAUAACCCAAUACCACCGAUGAUUCUGUAUGCCAUGCUAGCUCUCAGCUUGCGGUCAUCGCAACAUCCGUUCUUCAAAAACCAACUUGAAAGAAAGAGAUGUACAGAUAAUCUAACAACGCUCUCAUGGGGUCUUAUCGCCAAGGCAUACUGCAAUUUUGAUAUAGAUGAUGUGUACUUCGAGGCACUUUGUCUGCAGGUGCAGGUGGACUUAGGAGACGAAAGGCUCGAGAGAGCGCGAAGUCAGGUUGCUAUUGGCUUGCGAAUCGCCCAAGCCCGUGAUAUGCUUGGCACCAAUUCGCUUGAUGGCCUAGGGCUUGCCGAUCGAGCUCGUAGGCAAGAGAUAGUCUGGUCUCUUUUUAUGCUAGACAGGAUGCUUCUUGGCGGAAAUACGAGAAAUCCGUCGACUCCAACUGCAAUCUUCGAACUUCCUAUCAUCCAGAGCGGUCCUUCCCAUCCAGAUAUUCAUUCCCAAACCUGCGAGCCUGACACUUCGUUCGGCUCUGUAGAUUCGGGUGCGCUGCUUCCACCACAGAAUGUCGCUUCUCUACAGAUACAAACCAUUCGAAUCUGGGAGUGUAUUAUCGACUACAUCGCCCAACCCCCUUUAAGCACUGAUGUCCCUCUCUGGAGGCACGAUUCGCCAAGGGCCGCGAUUCUCACAAAGCUCUUAGAUAUUGAGACAAGAUGUGAGAUCGCAGGUCAUGUUCUAUCAUCUGUCGGAUCGCCUGCUCGAGUGCUACAUGAACCAGCAUUGACAAAUUACUUCGUCAUAUGGUUGCGGUUCCAGCUAAGUUUGUCUGCGUUUAAUUGCAUUUUAAACCACCCUUUUAUCAUCCACGUUAAAACUACACCGCUCAAGCAUAAGAUUCCACUCACCUUCCUACAGAAGUCUUACGAGUUCUCUUUGAUUCAUGCCAAUUGGGUGUACAGGCUACUUAAUCACAUGGAGGAGGCCAAAUUGAUGCUACAUGACCCCUUUCUUGGUCACCUUGUCGCAAUCACGGCUUCAGUUCACUUAGAACAUACCAGGAGCCAGUAUCCUACGGUUGCUGGAUCUGCAAAGCAGAAAUUCAAUCAGUGCUUUCACUUUGUGAAAAGGCUCUCAAAAGAAUGGCCGCGCAUGCAAGCCGCUGUAUGUAUCGAACUUGUUUUCGCGGAUGCACACGCAAACUGA